AUGGGGAAACUCCUCAGCCAGUGCUUGGCCAUCGCUGGAAUCCUACUUCUGUCUCAGCUCUGCGCCUUGGAGGCCAAAGGCUUCAAGCACCGCUUCAAGUGGGGCCGGAAGGUCCUGCCCAGCACCCCGCACGCCACCGAGGCCCCCCAGAUCACCGAGGCCCGCGUGGACGAGAUCAAGCCCGGCGCCUUCAUCCGAGAGGGCCGCAAGCUGGACAUCGACCUGGCCGGAGAGGACAAGCAGUACUACGAGGCCAAUUACUGGCAGUUCCCCGACGGCAUCUACUACAACGGCUGCCUGGACGCCAACGUGACCAAGAAGAUGCUCAUCGGCGGCUGCAUCAAUGCCACCAAGGCGGCCAACAAGGAGGAGCUGAGCUUCGAGAAGCAAGACAAGCUGCACCAACGCGUGCUGUGGCGCCUGGUCCGAGAGCUCUGCGCCCGCAAGCACUGCGACUUCUGGGUGGAUAGAGACACCGGCAGCACCACCAGCAGCUCCAGCUUCACGCGUGCCAGGGUGGACGUCCAGCUGCCGGUGCUUCUGCUCGGCCUGCUGUGGGUCGUGUGGGUCCUGGCCAAUUUCCACUCUAUCAAGGCCGAACUCCUCAGGCAUGCACUCUUCUCCCCCUAUUGGAAUAUUCCAGGCAAGUAUGGACCCAAGUCCAUGGGUCAUUGCCUGCAAUUACAUAAACCCCGGACAAAUCAGGAGUUCAGAGCUGCAAAAAGCCAUGUGAUAUCGAAACCCAGAGGUGCUGAAGCCUCCAGAUUUCCAGCCCACGACCCAGGGCUGCUAGUAUUCCCCAAAGAGAAGGGAGCGGAUGAGGAGACAAAGGACAAAGGCCAGGUGGCAGCCAGCCAUCUGCUCAAAGGACAACAAUGA